AUACUCCCCCCGGGGCAAUUGAUCAACGGCCAGCCAUGUAACCCAAGAACUUUUGAUCUGGUGACAGAAUUGAGGGGUUUGGGGAGUCUGUGAUCUCUCAAGGUGUUUCUGUCUUUAUUCUUUUGAUACUCGUACUCUUUGCCAUGCUGUUUUACGGUUGAUACUGGUUGCAGCCAUAAUCUAUAGCACUCUUCAGACUCCAGAGCGACUAUAAGUACAGAUCAUGCGCACAAGACGAAGGAAUUCGAGGACUUGAGAUCGCGCCUUUACUACCUACAAAAGUACUUCCGAAGGUUUCUUAUCUCGUGCUCGCCCUCGACAGCCACCGAUACAAAAAAGUUCCCAUAUUCGGCUUUGUCCAAGAUGCUCGGUAUCGAGGGCCUCAAAGACGCCUCCUUUGAAGGCGACACCCGCUGGUCUCGAACAGCGAGAUGGACUGCCUAUGCGCCCUGGUUCGUCUUGGCGAUUGGCAUCCUCAGCAUGAUUGAGAUCGCUUUGGGGGCGACUUGGAUCGCGAGUCUCAAGACAGAUUUAAAUUUCGCACAAGUCAUCCAACCGCUCAUCGUGCCUGGGCUAUCUUUCUUCAACGCCAUUCCUAGUCUGCACCUGCACGUCCUGGCGCGAGUCAAUUCUCCUACGCUCGCCCUAUGGUUCUCCGCGAUACUAAGCGUGGUCAUGUUCGUCAGCGCAAUCUUCUUUUUGGGAAGUUGUGUGGGGAACGACAACUCGUACGGUAGCCUGGCGAGGAACGAGUGUCCUUCGGGAACCGGUGGGUAUGCGGGUGUUUGGGGGGCGAUGGUCGCAUUGCAGCUUGUUAGUGCCGUGCUGUAUGGGCUGGUAGCGGCGAUGGCAUGGAGAGUCAGGCGCGCUUUACGAGCCAAGGACGAGAGAAUCGCCCUGGGCGUGGAGAUGGUGAGUCAAGAGGAGAAAGAACGGAGGGAGAGCGAGGCUAGGGAACGAUGGAGAUAUCUUCAAGCUGGGUAAGUCCACUCCAGACUGUGCGAAUGGACGUAAGUUGGGAAGGUGCACGACGGGGAUUGGCUAUAUUGGAGCAAUUCAUGAAGAGCAUAGCGAACGGCGACGGAACAAAUUUCGCUGGUACAC